UCUGGAUUCAUGAACGUUCAUCCAAGAGCAUUUUGACCGACGUGCAGCCGUAGUAUCAAUAUCAGAGCGAGUUUAUUUAUAAAAAAGGCUUUGGCCAAUUCCUGAGAAGUUUAGCUGGCGACACAAAUAGGAACAGAGUGAAAGUAAAACAUUAACGUAGUUUUGUAGUGUUUCCAUCUGAAUGAUCUUAACCGGACACAAAAUGCAAGGCAGAAUUUUAAAGUCGUCUUGGACAGCUGCUACUUCCACCAUGUGCAGCCCAUGUGCAGUACACCUAAAACAGUUUGCUUUCUGCUCAUAAGUUUAAAACAUCUUACAGAAGGCUGUGUGCAUGAGAGUGAUGUGAAGAUGUACCAAAUAGUAUCAGCAACUGUUGGAGAUUUUGGCGUUGGUGCCAUGAGCCGUUACUCACCACCUAAGAAGAAGAGAGUUGGUAGACCAAGCCAGUCAGUGAUAACAGCGAGCACUAUCGGAGUUAUACUGGUUCUUGCUGCGAUCGUAGCAUGGUGCUACUACUCCUUUUCUCUCCACAAGGCCAACCUUUUGACAACUGAACGAUUAGAUCUUAAAAAAGAUGGUUUUGUAAUCCGAAGCCAAACUGGGGUCGUCAUUUUCAAAAUGGAAUUCAGGUCUGGAGCCCUUGAUCUGGACUCAUGUUCGAAAGAGGGACAGAUUCUCAGAUGUGACAAAUCCGUGGCUGGAAAUAUACAUUUCUUCAUAGAAACGGUAAAGCCUAAAGACACAGUCGAGUGCUAUCGCGUGCGCUGGGACGAGCUGGAGGAGCAUCGGUUGGUGGAGCAUGUCAUGUCCUGCAGUGGAUCACACUGGUACGGUGGUGCAGAGACUUGGUUGCAACAUUGGCCAAUAGUAUUAAAAGGACAUCAGGCUCCCAAACCUUUCAUUACAGGUGAUAUCCAUUCGAAUCAUCAGGCAUUUGGUGGCAUCUUGGAGCGCUACUGGCUUUCUACCAAUGCUACGGCCAUAAAAAUUAAUAAUUCUGUUCCUUUUCACCUCGGCUGGGAUGAAACAAACAGAACUCUGUGGUUCCAAGCUCGAUAUAAAGAUAGCCCUUAUAGGCCAGACCCUGAUAAUCCCCAUCAUGUGACUCUGAGUUAUCGUGUAUGUGUGGGGCUCGACGUCACCUCUAUACACAAGUACAUGGUUCGUCGAUAUUUCAAUAAGCCAAAUAAGGUUCCUUCCGAAGCUGUUUUCAGACAACCAAUCUGGUCUACAAGAGCUCUAGAAGAAGUUAACCAAGAACAAACUUUGCAAUACUCAUCUGAUAUCCGAAAUAAUGGCUUCAACUGCAGCCACCUGGAGUUGAACGACAGAUACACUACUGGCUAUGGAGAGUUUGAGUUAGAUCCCAUCAAGUUCCCCAACGCAUCUGCCAUGUUUCAAAAACUUAGGGAAGAUGGAUUUCAGGUAACCUUGUGGACUCAUCCGUUUGUCAACUAUAAUUCUGUCAAUUUUGGUGUUGGAAUAGAACGAGGACUGUUUGUGCGGGUGCCUGGUAGCCAGCUUCCCGCAUUGGUGCGUUGGUGGAAUGGUAUUGCUGGAAUUUUGGAUUUCACUAAUCCAGAAGCUCGGGACUGGUAUGCUCUGAAUCUCCGCACCCUCAAGAACAAGUACGGCGUGGCAUCUUUCAAGUUUGAUGCAGGAGAGACAAGCUACUUGCCCCAGCAGUUCAGUACCUUUGCUCCUCUGCAGGAUCCCAGUACCUUUACCCGCCGAUACACUGAGAUGGCAAUACCGUUCAAUGACCGUGCAGAGCUGCGGUCGGGCUAUCAAUCUCAAAACAUCUCCUGCUUUUUUAGAAUUAUUGACCGUGAGUCACUAUGGGGAUACACCCUAGGCCUCAAAUCUAUAAUCCCUACUGUACUUACUAUAAGUAUUCUUGGCUACCAGUUUAUUCUGCCAGACAUAAUAGGUGGAAAUACAUACUCAAACCUCACUGGCCUUCCGGAUCGUGAGCUGUAUAUCCGUUGGCUAGAGCUCUCAGCUUUCAUGCCAGCUAUGCAGUUCUCUCUUCCACCGUGGCACUAUGAUGAUGAGGUCGUGAAUAUCGCCAAGAAGUUCACCGCUCUCCACGAAUCUCUUGUAGCCCCUCGGGUUCUGGAGCUUGCUGGGGAAGUGCUGUACACUGGGGAUCCCAUCAUUCGCCCUCUUUGGUGGAUUGCAACAGAUGAUGAGGCAGCUUACAAAACUGACUCUCAGUUCCUCAUCGGAGAUGACCUCCUGGUGGCACCUGUUCUUGAACCGGGCAAGCAGGAAAGAGAUAUAUACCUUCCUGCAGGCAGAUGGAGAAGUUACAAGGGAGAGUAUUUUGACAAAGGCCCUGUAUACCUUACUGAUUAUCCAGUGGACUUGGAUGAAGUAGCUUACUUUGUGUGGUCAGGAUAGCAAGGGAUGAGCCCAAACAAAACCCCAAAACGACUGCUGAAUAGUAAAUACUGAUCUGGCCACGCUGUACAAUCGUGUGACUUACAUUUUUUUAUACUAAUAGCAUCAGCAAGGUUUAUGCGGUUGUUUGUCCUUAUGUUGAUACUGCAUAAAUUUGAAGAAAUAGCCAACUCGCUAAUAAGCUACCCACCUGUCUUGAAGUUGCAAUGAACCUCUUGAAAAUAGGCCCAAAUGUUGGAAUGUGCAGAGGAAAAACAUGUCUUUACUGGGAAAAGGUUAUAUGAGUGGUUUUGCUUUCUGUAUGGUGGGAAUUGUGAUCAUUAUUGGUCUGUAUAAUGCAGUGAAAGCAAUAUGAUGAUUUUUUUUUUCUGUUUACUUAUUUAUAACAUAUUUUUGUAAAGCUUGUUUAUGUAGUUUACUUGUUUUGCCAUUUGUUUCCUGUAGCGUCAAAAAAUAUAGGAAUAAGCAACCACCUAACUUGAAUGUACAAUGAAUGAUGUAUGAAGGAUUCAAUUAGUUUAAAGGGAAUGUUUUCUAAAAUUUUGUUGCAUUCAAUCAUUCACUGAAUUCCAUUUGUAAUGUAGAGUUCUUGAUCUAUAAUGAACUAUUAUUAUUGACAUUUUGCUAGCCUCAGCUUAACUCAAAAAAAAAAAUUGUAUAUUGAGUGUAUAUUAUGUUAAUAUACAAACACCUGUUGAAAUUAAAAGUAAUGUGAAAUUAUAAUUUACAUAAAAGUAAAUAUAUUUUUAAUAAUAAUUUAAAUAAAUUAAAAGUAAAGCUGUGUUUGUUUUUGUAAUGUAAAAAUUUAAUGCAGAUUUCUAUUUAGUUUCUGUCAUCAGGGGUUAUCGUCUUUGUACACUAAAAUAUGUAUAACUUAUUCAAACAUG